AUGGCCGCCGGAGUUCAAGCGACGAACGACGAUGCUACAAGUUGCAAGCGUUACGCCGUGGAGAAAGGAUACUGGGACGACCCCUUCGUCACGUGCUUCAGCCGCUCAUCGAGUCGCAGGUCACCGGAAAUAAGCAGAGGCUACUACGCACGCGUGAAGGCGGUGGAAACCUUUUGUCGACAAUUCGUCGAUCUCUGCAAUAGAAAGGGAAGAGAUAGUCAGAUAGUGUCGCUCGGUGCAGGCUUCGAUACGCUCUACUGGAGACUCCACGCAGCAGGUCGACGACCGAGUCGAUUCGUGGAGGUCGACUGCCCUCCAGUUGUGAGGAGGAAAGUAGUCGCGUGCCAGAGGAAAAAGCUGUUGAGUGACGUCAUCGAUUUAGAUGGUCACGUGACAGUUAGUGGGUGUGGUUUGUAUAGCAAGUGCUACUCUGUCGUCGGUGGCGAUUUGAGUGACAUCGUGGAUGUUGGUAAGAAGUUGAUGGAGUGUGGGUUGGUGGCGGAUGUGCCGACGUUCGUACUCGCCGAGUGUGUGCUCGUCUAUUUGGAAACGAGUCAGACGCGGAGGAUACUUACCUGGGCGGCUGAGACAUUCUCGACGGCUUUGUUUCUUAGCUAUGAGCCGGUGAAUGUGUUUGAUCAGUUUGGGCACGUGAUGGUUGAGAAUCUUCGUUUACGGUCGUGUGCGUUGUUGGGCGCCGACGACUGUGAGAGUUUGGAUAGGCAGAUGAGCCGUUUUCGUGAUUGUGGAUGGAAGCGUGUAAAUGCUGUGGAUAUGUGGGAUGUAUACAACAUGUUGCCUGCUGAUGAUGUACAGAGAGUGGAGAGAUUGGAAUUUUUGGACGAAGUCGAGCUACUGCAGCAGUUGCUGCAGCACUAUUGCAUUAGCUAUGCUGUCAAUGAUUUGUUGGGCAUGGGACUCGGAGACAUUCGUAUAUGACUAUGUUAAUUAAUGAUGUUUGUUGUGAUAUGUUAAUGUAAUAUGGUGAGAUGAGGUUUGUGAACCAAAGUGAAAAUUGAUAUUAAUUGAAUAUUGUGUAU